UUCUUUUUCCUCUUUCUGUCGACUCUCAACGCUGCUGCGUGUUUUUGCUCUUUUUCUUUCUGGUCCUGGUUAGGGUUUUGCAUAGUCUAACUCUUCUUCUCCGCCACGUCCACGAUGGGUAAAGCUAAAAAGGGACCCAAAUUUGCGGUUAUGAAGAAGGUUAUCACUUCUAAAGCUAUCAAAAACUAUAAAGAAGAGGUUUUGAAACCAGAAAAGAAGAACCUUCUAAAGGAAAAGCUACCAAGAAAUGUUCCAAGUCACUCGUCGGCGCUUUUCUUUCAAUACAAUACUUCGUUGGGACCCCCUUAUCGUGUUUUGGUGGAUACCAACUUCAUCAAUUUCUCCAUCCAGAAUAAAUUGGAUCUGGAGAAGGGAAUGAUGGACUGCUUAUAUGCAAAAUGCACCCCUUGUAUCACCGACUGUGUGAUGGCAGAACUCGAGAAGUUAGGUCAAAAAUAUCGUGUAGCUCUAAGGAUUGCAAAGGAUCCUCGAUUUGAGAGAAUACUCUGUACUCAUAAAGGGACCUAUGCUGAUGAUUGCCUUGUUGAGAGAGUUACUCAGCAUAAGUGCUACAUUGUUGCAACAUGUGAUCGGGACUUGAAGAGGAGGAUCCGGAAGAUUCCUGGUGUGCCAAUAAUGUACAUCACCAAACACAAGUACUCAAUAGAGAGGUUGCCUGAAGCAACAAUUGGUGGAGCCCCAAGAAUCUGAUGCAGUAAAAAUGGUAAAGCUGUGUAUACUGAUUAUCUUGUCACUAAUUUCAUGGUUGAGAAAUAUGAAAUCCUGCUGCAGUACCGUGCAUGUUUGGUCCUUUUGCUGGCUGGAUUGAAUUCUGAUGGAAAAGCUUGACACUGAACGAGAAGUAACUCUUCAAUGGUUGAUACAUGAAAUUUCCCUAGUAUAACUUGGUGGUUGGGUUCUGCCAAAAUUUUGUUUUCCUCCUGUUGCCUCGUUAAUGUAUGAAGGUGAACCUUGAAGACUGCCAGAACUAUGGUGGCACUUUGAUGGUUCUUGCCAUAUAAAUCACAAGAAAUGAUUUUUUUUUUUUUGUGUUGUUUGGAAGAGAAAAGUUUAUUUUCUUGAGUC